AUGGUGCUGAAAUCAUCGGCGGGAGACUCUCCUUCUUCACCGGUCACGAUCACCGUCUCCUCCGGCGGAAGAAGAAGAAGCAUGGGACUAACGAGCCCCAUCUCGAGGCCUCCGAUUUCCAACAAUCCCAAUUCCCCUCUCUCCAAGAAUCGGAGAUCUUCCAUCAGCGGAGGAGGAGGCAGCCGCGUCCAGACCACCAGCCACGUCGAGGAAUCGCGAGAGAAGCCCGACCGGAGCUUCAUCUCCGGCACCAUCUUCACCGGCGGGCUCAAUUCCGUGACCAGGGGCCACGUCAUCGACUUCUCCGCGCCGGACCCGCCGCCGUCGAAAUCUGUGCUGGUCUGCUGGAUGAGGGGGUGCGAUGAGAAGGCCGUCACCAAGGGGAAGUGCGAGUGCGGGUUCAAGAUCUGUCAAGACUGUUACUUGGACUGCGUGGGUUCUAAUGGCGGCGGGAAUUGUCCUGGGUGUAAAGACCCCUACAAGGAUCUUGACGAUUACGAGGAGAAUGAUUACAACUACUACGACGAAGAGGACGAGGAGGAAGAUCAAGCUCUGCCGCUGCCCAAAUUGGACAAAAGGCUUUCAUUGGUGAAAUCUACGAAGCGUAUGAGCCACCCGCCUGAGUUCGAUCACACCAGGUGGCUGUUCGAGGACCAAAGGGACUUAUGGGUAUGGCUGCUCAUUGUGUUCCGCCUGGCAGCACUCGGGUUGUUCCUCACUUGGAGGAUCCGGCACCCGAACCGCCACGCAAUGUGGCUGUGGGCGAUGUCAGUAACUUGCGAGCUCUGGUUUGCACUCUCAUGGAUUCUGGACCAGCUAUACAAGCUUUGCCCAGUCAACAGAGUCACUGAUCUCUCCGUUCUCAAAGAAAGGUUCGAGUCUCCGAAUCUCAGGAACCCAAAAGGAAGGUCCGAUCUCCCUGGAAUCGACGUCUUCGUCUCCACAGCUGACCCUGAAAAGGAACCACCUUUAGUCACUUCAAACACAAUCCUUUCAAUUCUAGCAGUCGACUACCCAGUCGAGAAGCUGGCAUGUUAUCUCUCCGAUGAUGGAGGGUUGAAGAGGGAAUAUGAUGAGUUUAAAGUGAGGAUUAACUCCUUGCCUGAGUCGAUUAGGAGGCGAUCGGAUGCCUAUAAUGCUCAUGAGGAGUUGAGAGCCAAGAAGAAGCAAAUGGAAACUGGGGGCGACAAUCCAGCUGCUGAUUCUGUGAAAGUGGCUAAGGCUACUUGGAUGUCUGAUGGGUCUCACUGGCCUGGAACUUGGGCUUCUGGAGAGGCUGACCAUUCUAGAGGAGACCAUGCUGGAUCAUUCAGAUUGCCGAUGCUGGUCUACGUCUCCCGCGAGAAGAGGCCCGGUUAUGAUCACAACAAGAAGGCAGGAGCUAUGAAUGCAUUGACCCUAAGAGAAGGCAUGUGCUUCAUGCUUGAUCGAGGUGGAGACAAGAUAUGCUAUGUCCAGUUCCCGCAAAGGUUUGAAGGGAUCGAUCCCAGCGAUCGAUAUGCAAAUCACAACACCGUGUUCUUCGAUGUCAGCAUGAGAGCACUGGAUGGGUUGCAAGGCCCGAUGUAUGUUGGAACAGGCUGCAUUUUCAGGAGGACCGCUCUUUAUGGCUUUUCUCCACCCAGGACUACUGAGCACCAUGGAUGGUUUGGGAGAAGGAAGAUCAAGUUGUUAUUAAGGAAACCCAAGUCUUUGAGGAAGAAGAAGAAAGAUGAGGAUGAUGAUGAGAUUUCUCUGCAAAUCAAUGACGAUGAGAAUGAUGAUGGAGAGAUUGAGUCAUUGCUGUUGCCUAAAAGGUUUGGGAACUCUACAUCACUGACUUCAUCCAUUCCAGUGGCUGAAUACCAGGGGAGGCUGCUUCAGGAAUUGCAAGUGCAUGGGAGACCAGCCGGUUCACUUGCUGUCCCAAGGGAGCCACUGGAUGCUGCGACUGUUGCAGAAGCAAUCAGUGUGAUCUCGUGUUUCUACGAGGAUAAGACUGAAUGGGGAAAAAGAGUCGGCUGGAUCUAUGGCUCGGUGACAGAAGAUGUGGUGACUGGUUACAGAAUGCACAAUAGAGGGUGGAGGUCGAUUUACUGUGUGACCAAAAGGGAUGCAUUUAGAGGCACAGCUCCAAUCAACUUGACAGACAGGCUGCAUCAGGUUCUUCGAUGGGCAACCGGUUCGGUCGAAAUUUUCUUCUCGAGGAACAAUGCAUUGUUUGCUUCACACAGGAUGAAGUUCCUCCAGAGGGUUGCUUACUUCAAUGCUGGAAUGUACCCUUUCACGUCAUUCUUCCUAAUAAUCUACUGUGUUCUGCCAGCAUUGUCACUCUUCUCAGGCCAGUUCAUAGUGGCUUCCUUGAAUGUCACAUUCUUAAUCUACUUACUAGCAAUCACACUCACAUUGUGCAUGCUGGCACUCUUGGAGAUCAAGUGGUCGGGGAUAACACUCCAUGACUGGUGGAGGAACGAGCAGUUUUGGCUGAUCGGAGGAACGAGUGCUCAUCCUGCAGCAGUUUUGCAAGGUUUAUUGAAGGUGAUUGCAGGUGUGGACAUAUCAUUCACAUUGACAUCCAAAUCUUCAGCUGCUGAAGAAGGUGGGGAAGAUGAGUUUGCUGACCUGUAUGAGGUGAAAUGGAGCUUUCUGAUGGUGCCUCCAAUUACUAUCAUGAUGUUGAACAUGAUUGCGAUUGCAGUUGGGGUAGCCAGGACUCUGUACAGUCCGUUCCCACAGUGGAGCAGGCUGGUUGGUGGAGUGUUCUUCAGCUUCUGGGUUUUGUCGCAUCUCUACCCUUUUGCCAAAGGGUUGAUGGGGAGAAGGGGUAAAGUUCCAACCAUCAUCUAUGUUUGGUCUGGCUUGCUGUCUAUCAUCAUCUCCUUGUUGUGGGUUUAUAUCAGUCCUCCCUCUGGUGGUGCUCACCAGGAUUUUGAUAGUUCCUCGUUCCAGUUCCCUUGA